AUGACGACCUCUUUGGCAGCCCAGCUGUCGGUGAUAUCUGCCAAUUCGGAAAAGUCUUUGAAUCUCAAAGCCCAAAAGGCGGCGCACUCCAAGUCUCUCAUAUUCGAGCCCCGAGUGGCAGCAUCGCAAAGUUUCGAUACAAUAUACACAUUAUGCCACGAAGGGUUCCAAGAACUGUGCCUUUUGGACGGGAGGUUCUCGGACUUCCAAAGAGACAUCUUCAGCGAGCAAAGUAAAGAUGAGGACCGCACUCAAAUGACAGCUACGGAGAACUCGGAGCUGGACAAGAGACUCGAGAUUUUCCUAGGCCUGGUUGGUGGGCGGCUAAGAUUAAGUCCAGCAGUAAAAGCAGUGGAAUGGUUGAUUAGGAGGUUCAGGGUCCAUGAACGCAAUACCUCCUUUCUGAUCAUGACCUUCCUCCCGUACCACACGCUUCCAGUAUUUACAACUCUUCUGUCAAUUUUACCCUCGAAUCUUCCACAGGAAUACAAAUUUCUUCAUCCGUACAUACGAUCCCAUACUCCACCUCCCAGACAUGCAAUUGUUCACACCGCAACUACCAAUCCCUCGUUCGCCUCAGCUUUAAACACGUAUAUUCUUCGAAUAUGUCAGUCGCGGCAGAAUUACCCAGCUCUUAUUGCAUUUUGGGCAGGAGUAAUGACGGAGGCCACUGGGGGCAUGCUGGACAAAGCUCGGUCCGGGAGGAAAGCUGUCCAGCAGCAAAAUGAACAAGACGUUGUUUUGAGACUAUUGCCAACUUUGAAUGAAGGUCUUGCGAUGAAGAAAGUCCCUGAUCUACGCCUUGGCUGCUAUAUGCUACUCUCGGUAAUGGCGUCAAAGGGUGGGCUUGACGACAAGCUGUUAACUGCUAUGAUGGAAGCGGUUGUACUGGGAUGGACAGGUGAAACCACAAUUCCUGGACUCGUCUGCCUAUCUGUACUGGCACAGCAUCGAGGAGCAAAACAGAUCACAAAACGACUUGCAAAAGAACUGCUUAAGGUUGAGAACUUAUCAGAUCUUCUCAUAGAGCUUUCCAAACAACGACGUGUGGAUAGGCUUGCCAAUGGUCUCUGCCUAGCACUUGUGGAACGAUUACGGAAGAAUGGUGAUAUUAGUGGUCUUCAAAUUGUUGAGCGGGUCAUUGGCAGUCAGUUAUUGAGUGAUCCUCAAUGCUGCGUUAUUGUGAAGGCAUUGGUUUUGGUCGCUCACCAAAUCGACGAAGACUCGAAUCCAACAUUAGGACCUCAUCUUGCAUCCUCACUCGUUGCACUCACACAGCUCCCUGAUCAUGUUGGCUCUGUGGUCCGUGGAGCACUUGAAACUACUGAGGUGGAUAUCGACGAACUAGAACUGAAGCUCAACACAUCACUCCAGCGAAUUGAGGCUCCAGCAUCGCACGCUGAAGAUGUCGAUAUGGAAGACUCCAAUGUUGAGAUGACUACAACACUGGACUUCUCUAGUCUUCUUCAAACUCUUCCCAAAAGAACCACCACUGAAUUGUCCUUCCUAUCUCACGAUUCGUCACAUAUCUACCCAGAUCUGUGUCGUGCAUUUUUGGUGGCUACAUCCAAUCCGUCUGAUCUUGAUUCUUUUGACAAGAUACCAAUCCUACGACGAGAUUCUGCCCUGGAAGAUACUCUAUACCUCAGUUUUUACAUGAGGACGUGGUGUGGUCCCCACCCAGUCGUGGCUCGAGCCUCAGCGCUCCAGAUGGCGACUCGUUGCUUGUCAGCCAGCAAGGUGGAUUCCGUAGAUCUCCAGGCGCUCUUGCCUUAUGCAAUUGGUGCACUUGGUGAUCCUGCUUCGAAAGUUCGUCGUGCCGCGGCAGAACUUCUUGUUGCACUGAACAAAUUCUUUCCCACCAACACAGAGUCCAAGAAGAAGUUAAAGCAAUUACAAAAGUGGGCCUUCGAUGACUUUUAUGGACCCGGAGACGAUACUCGUGACUUAAAGUGGCUCUCUGGGGAUAUUGUGGCUCGACUGCUCAGCGAAGUGGUCAUUCCAGCUCUGGAAGAAUGCGUGCUCGACCGGAAACACAUCGAAUCUGUCUUUCAGAGGUCCCUAAACGGCCCUCGUACCUCUGAGAGCCCGAAAAAGCAGGACCAGCGAGUACCACAAACCAGCCGAGCCUCAAUUAUUGCUUUCUUGUCAAGCCAUGCUAUCCAUACUCCGUUGUUCUCACUGAAGAUGAGACUACUUGCUUCACUAAAUCAACUUCGUAGCGUAGCAAGUAUAUCGAGAACGAAAGUGCUGCUCCCUAUACUCCAGCAAUGGGCAUCGAUUGGUCCAGCAGAAGUCUCGAAGCUUUGCAUUGAGGAACAACUUGAUGCUGUGGAGAUUGACGAUCAAGCACUUAUGAUCAUCACUUCGAGUGAUAACGAGGGUUUUCAGUACCUGGCUAGUAUCAUUAGCGGCGAUGUGGUGGUCGGCAGAUCAGCUAUCAUUGAUGCUGUUUUCAAAAGGCUGCGUGCGAUCUGGACAUCCUUGAAGGGUGAACUCCGCAUCAGCACUGCCCAGAUGUUGAUGGACUCAGCUCAGUUUCCGUCAAACAAUCCGGACGAAAUCCGUAAAUCAAUCUCGCAGGGCUCAGCUCAGCUCCUUCAAACAACGUCACUUUCAACGGAAAUACUAUUAGCGUUCCUAGAACAGCUUCCAACAACAGCCGAGUUAGCAGACAAGCCUCCUGCUACUAAAAGGCGAAGGACAAGCCACGGAGAAAUAGCUAGAACCCCGCUCCAAGACUCGAAACAGCUCACGGCUGCUAUGCAGAAGGUCACCUUCGUCCUGCAGCUUAUCGACAGUUCCGAUCCUGGCAAACAUCCUGAGCUCCUCAAAGGUCUUUUCAAUGUCCUAGCUGAACUUCAACAUUUCAAAGCCCAGGUAGCGUCAGAGUUGGCCUAUCUUCAGGGGUUGGUCCUCAACAGUCUUCUCGCUAUUAUCAAGGCUUACAAGUCUGACCCGAGUUUGAAGCUCGAGCGCUCUGCAAUUCGAGCAGAUCUGCUUGUCGAUUGUGUCCAGAAGACGGCGAGUCCACAGGUUCAAAAUGCCGCGCUACUACUUAUUGCCUCUUUGGCCGAUAUUGUACCGGAAUUGGUUCUUCACAGCGUCAUGCCGAUAUUUACCUUCAUGGGAAGCUCAGUGCUCCGACACAACGACGAGUAUUCUGCACACGUUAUUAGUCAAACAAUUCGCGAAGUCAUUCCUCCCCUAAUCUCGUCACUCCGGAAAGAGAAGGGAAAUCCUGUCACUGGUGCAGCAGAAUUGCUUCUGAGCUUCGUUGCUGCGUACGAGCAUGUGCCACCCCAUCGCCGGAAGGGGCUGUUCACCUCUUUGGUGCAAACCCUUGGCCCAGAAGACUUCUUGUUCGCGUUAUUAGCAAUGCUUGUGGAUAAGUACGGACCAACUGAAGGCAUCAAAGCAUUUGCAGCAGAUAUUGCUGGCUCGUUCAGUGUGGAAACCCAACUCCAAUCUGCUGUAAAAUAUUUGGACUUAGUUGGAGAUGUCUUGAAACCGAAACCAACGUACUCGACUACCCUACUCAACGCCAAUGAUGAGGGCAUUUCUGACCCCAAACUGAUCGCUGCAAACGAAAUAGCAUUGUUGCCGCAUCUUCUUUCUCAGAAGCGGCUUGCUAGUCAAACCGGGAAAUUACUUGAUCGGGACGAUAUGGACGCUGCGAGAAUUCGAGAUCUUUAUUCAACCCUCCUGGAAAAUGUUCUAGCCUUGGCGGAUACACUGAGAGAUCAGAAGCGCCUACAUGGGGCUUGCGGUGAUGUUUUGGAAAGUCUACUUGGCUUACUAUCUACCAGUGACUUUGUCAAAUCGGUUGAGGGCUUGCUCGACAGGCCGAGUGAUUCCUUACGUCGCAAGAUCUUGAAGUCUCUGGAGGUCCGCAUUGAUCAUGAAAGUCCAUCCGACGCAAAUUCGAGGAGUGCAAUGCUCGGAUUCUUGCCCCAACUCACCGCAAUCAUUCGAGAGUCGAAAGAUGUUCUGUACAAGCACAUUGCAGUGGGCUGUGUUGACAAGAUAUCCGAGAAAUAUGGGAAGAAGGAUCUCGAAGCAGUUGCCGCAGCGGCAGAAACGAUUGCGAGCAAUCAUUGUCUUGGCCAGUCAGAUAAUCGGUUGCGCGUCAUGGGGCUCCUCUGUCUUGCAUCUCUGGUUGAGAUUUUGAGGGAGGGAAUCGUCUCAGUCCUCCCUAGUGCGAUUCCUAAAGCUCUGGAAUAUAUGGAAGCCAGUACGAAAGAGGAUGACGAAUCCCAGAAGCUCCACAAUGCUGGCUACGCAUUUAUCAGUGCCCUGGUCCAUCACCUACCAUAUAUGUUGUCGGGAGGGUACUUGGACAAACUUCUCGAAAUUUCGAAUGCGUCCGCAGAGGCAGACCUUGAUGAUUCAGCCGAUGAGAGUAGAAUGGACUGCAUGAGGCUUGCGGCGAAGCAAAUUGAUGCCAAGAGUAUGUUUGGAGCUUUGGAGAAAGACUGGGAACGAGCCGCUGGAAUGGGUCAAUUGGCGCUCCAGGAAUAUCUCGAGAUUCUCAGUAUAGCCAUUGAUAGACACCCAAAGAACGUAGUGACCAAGUACUCUCCCAUCCUAGCAAACAUAUUCCAGAACGCCUUCGACCUUCGGCGACAGUGGACAGUGGUGGCGGACGAAGGCUUGGACAGCGACUUCAUUGCUGAGAUUGAAACUCAGGUCAACGAAGUCGCCAUCAAAAUGAUUUAUAAGUUCAACGAUGCGACAUUCCGGCCCAUUUUGUCCAACCUGGUUGAGUGGGCGUCGGCUUCACUACCCAAGAAGGAUGAAGUUGGUAGAAAUCUGCGGUUACAAAGCAUAUAUGGCUUCAUGGCCGUGUUCUUCGACAAUCUCAAGUCGAUCGUCACCAGCUAUGCAACCUACCUUCUCGACAACGCGGUGGAUACCUUGAAGAACGUGAAUCCUAAAGAUGAGAUCUCGAGGGAGUUAUGGUCGAGGGUGCUUCGGACUUUAGUCAAGUGUUUUGAACACGAUCAAGAUGACUUUUGGCAAUCGCCAUCGCAUUUUAGUAAUGUGGCACCGGUGCUGUGUGCACAGUUCACAAACGCUUCAGCGCUGCCAUUGACUGAGGAACUCGUGCCAGCAAUCGUUGAACUUGCGGCUGCUGCAGAGUCAUCAGAUCAUCACAAGGAAUUAAAUGGAGCAAUUCUUAAGCACAUGAGGUCUGAGACUGCAAGUGUCCGACUAGCGGCAGUCAAGUGCGAGCAGGAGUUGACUGAUAGGCUCGGUGAAGAGUGGCUGUCUAUGUUGCCUGAGAUGUUGCCUUUCAUCAGUGAACUGCAAGAAGACGAUGAUGAGGUUGUUGAGAAGGAAACACAUCGCUGGAUUGUGAAGAUUGAGGGUGUACUUGGGGAGAGCUUAGACUCUAUGCUCCAGUAG